AUGAGCUUCGCAUUAACCGAUGACGGCCAUGAAAUCUACUACGAAGUACAUGGCACUACCGGCCCGACCCUAGUACUUCCCGAAUCUCCCGAAGCCUACAGUGUCCCCCGCCACGCUGCAGAACUGGACGCUAUCAUCAAAGCUCUCGGAAGCCAGAUCAACGAGUGUUUAAUUCUCGUAACUCAUUCCAUGGGCAGUAACAUCGCCACUGCAUAUUAUCACAGCAAUCCGCACAAUGUCGCAGGCAUCGUCUACACGGGGACUUACUUCGACGGCAAGCUCAUCGAGAACUUCCUGCCAUACGACGCACUCACAUCUGGCAUUGAGAGCCCAAGUAAAUGUGUCGAGUUCUACGCCAGCAUGGGCCUCGACGAGACCAUUGCCCUCGAGGCAGCAAAGUGGCCCCCUUGUGCACGCAGAAAUAAUGCCAGGGCGCUAUUGUCUUUCGAAAUAGGUGACAUGUACUUGACUGCAAAUGUCCCUGGGCUUAUCAUCCAAGGGGCAACGGAUAUGGCUACUCCCGUCCUUAAUGAAGUCCAGCAUUUUCCUCCUACAGAGGCACCGAGUGAGGUGAAGAGGUUAGUUGAUGAGUUUGUCGGGACUUUGCUUUGA